AUGGACGAUCAAGAAGAUCCACCUCCACCGAAACGUCAACGCUUCAAGCAUUUGACGUUCAAUCAACUUGUAGCCUCUAUUGGUGGCGAUAAUGCGAAGUUCAGCAAAAGAUUGAUGCAUCGCCCAGAUGAUUGCGAAUUGUUCUUCACAGAAGCUUUAACAAAAUGGAAUGAUCAGAGUUUUGGUGCUGACUACACAUCUUUCGUGGAUAGUUUACCAUGUGAUGAGCUUGACACUCACGCGCAGCUGUUGCUCCAUAGAAGGACUAUCGCUGAUUCAUUGCUGAAGAGGUUACAGGAUCCGGGAUCCAAAUCCAUACCUGCGUUCUGUGAGCUUCUGUCAGCGUUAGUACGUGACUUGAAGGAAGACUUCCAUGAUGACAUGUGGGACUUCUUUGGUGCACUUACUAAUGUGCUUGAUCUUGGAGAACGAGAUGUGGAGUCAGUGGAAGCCGCUUUUUACUCUUUGUCACUGAUAGUGAAGGUUAUGUGGAGGGCACUAUUAAAGGAGUUCAAUUCAUCAUUCGUAUGUUUUAUACCACUAUUCGGAAGCAGUCGUCCAUAUGUUAGGCGUUUUGCUGCCGAAGCCUUCUCUUUUGUUAUGAGGAAAUCUUCUAAUCUCAAAAAGCUUUGUUGUCAAGUUGUGGAGCAAGCGUUCAAAGUUCACGAUGACCACCUUUCUGAAGGUUGUGCCGAACUUUUUUUCCAUGUUUGUAAAGGAGUUGUCGGUGGAUUUCACAGCACCGCUGAAGAGCAAAUACAGUGUAUCAUUUCCGGAGUAUUUUCGAUAGCAGAUCCAAGUAUUCGUGAAUAUGGUGUUAAUAUCCUCGAACAAGCUGUACAGCUUAUUGUACAGUAUGUUCAAAAAGGGACGAAGUCGGAUUUGUCGUUUCUUGAGAUCAUAAUCAUUAAAUUUAUGGAGUCUUCAACAUCAAUGGCUUCGGUUAACUAUUCUUCGCGACUCUUGCGACUGUGCUUUGUCCAGCGCAGGUGGAAAAAUUUGUUCUCAUCGGAAAAACGUUUGCUCUCAGCUAUCGAGAAAGUUCUUGUCUUCGAUUUCUUCGAGUUGUGCUUCGAGUUUAUUGAUUUUCUUCUUCAGUGCACCGUUCAUGUCUUAUCCGGCGGUGAAUGGGGCAGCUCACUCGGUUCAGUUUACUCAAUUGUUAUUUCUAAGAAAGGAGAUCUCUCAUUGGUGUUUCAUCUAUUCAACAAUGUGGUAGCUGUGUCGUAUUUCAACUCACACAUUUUGCCUGUUGUUGGACAGCUAUCGGAGAAAAUAUUCUCUGAAGAAAGGUCACUAAUACCAAGUAUUCUAAAGCUGUACUCUUUGAUUUGCCUGAGUAGACGACCUAUUUUGGAUGGCCUUUCAAAGCGCCGGCCCCCUUUACUGGAUUCUCCAUCUCAUAAGUCCAUCCGAGAGUACGUCCUUGUAGUUCUUGACCAUCUUGUGGAAAUAGAGAAGCCUCUUGCAGCAUACAUACUUGCUACAUGGCCAUGGAUCGGCUGCGAGACGACUAGUGGAAAGAGUGUUGAACAUGUUGUUCACUAUAUUCAAGCUCUAAUUUCUGGGAGCGAUUUCUCAUUAGAGGCGUCACAACUUGCUCUUAUCGCCGUUUCUUCUCUAUAUCAGGUGGAUAAGAGUCAGCUGAAGAAAGUAGAAUUCUCUGCUGUGGGAGAGUUCGUUAGGAGCACGAAGUGCUGCGAAUCUUCUCUGAGGCUUUAUCGUUUCUAUCUAGAAGCCGCCACCAGUCAACGAGAAACCAUCAAUUUGAAAAGAAUCACCGAGCUACUGUUGCCUUGCUAUUUCAACCCUAGUGCAUCCAUAAGGUGUAGCGCUCUAGAAAUUUUGAGCUCAAUCAACUUUGAAAUUGAAGGAGGAGAUGAAGAAGGAACAGGCAUUGUGGCAAUUGACGAAAAUGUUUUCAAUAUAUUGCUAGCUGCUGAGCGCUGUGACAUCAUAGACUUUCGGAGUCGUCUUCUGCAAUUCCGGAAACUCAUUUAUGGUUCCCACAAGAAACUCCUACCUCGUGAUUUGAGCACAGAAUGCGACCAUAUUGUCUUGCGGUUUGGACUAGCACAGUUCUUCGUGCAGUUUACGAAAUUGUGGCCUGCUAUGUAUGAAAUCCUAGAAUCGUUCGCUCGAGGGAUGACCAUUGACGAGUUUUGGAAUGUUUUAUCCGAAACACUUCUCCAAGUCAACGCAGGGUGCCGUGAGUCGGAUAUUUCCUCGGAUCCUCCACAUUUAUUGGAAUGGUGUGACAAUUGCAAUAGGUUCGACUACCACUCAACACGUAUACAAAUAUUCAAGUUCAUGGCUAACAUUUCCGAUCUGGCUCAAAGACGAACAAGAAUUCUUUCCCCUAUACUUUUGGAGAUUUAUAACACCGAUUACCUUCCAUUCAUCAUUGAAAGCAUGAGCUCUUGCACUCUGCACGCUUCACGCGUUCAGGAAAGGAAUGUUUUGAACAACGAGGAAACUGAACAGCCACCGGAACCAUCAGUUAACAAAACUGACCAAAAACUGAAUGUUACCAAGGCUUUGUGCGCUUUUCUCGACGUGUAUUCUAAGUUCAGUGACGCUAAGUCAGUGUACAUGGAGGGAAAGAUCCGUGAAAUGUAUGAUCACCUUCUGAUCGUUGGGAAUGAUAUGGUGCAAAAGUCGGUCAUUGCUUGCAUAUUUUCUUACAGAGACAGAGCAUUACUUCCUUACAAGGAGAAUUUUGAACGUCUUCUUGACGAAAAAUCGUUUCGUGAACAGCUUGUCUUAUUUUCCAUCAAUGAAGAAGAAGGAAAUUCUGUUGUACACAAGGAUCACAGACCCACCGUGAUGCGUGUACUUCUGAGGUUCUUAUAUGGCAAGCUUUGGGCUCAAACGAAACGUAAUCUAGUUGAGUCCCGACGUGCAGCUAUUUUUCGUUACCUUGGUGGUUGCCGCGCUGACGAGCUAUCGGAUUUUUUGAACAUUCUCUUCGCACCUAUUCUAGAGAUUAUUGACACGAGUGAUCUGGAUUAUAGCAAGAUGGAAUUGCUCUGUAACGACAAAGAAACAUUGUUUAAAACAGAUUUCGCAAAAGUGAACAGGUGCGUUAGAUUCUAUUCUCAAAUAUCUAUCUAA